CUUUCUCUCGUUUCCUUUAUAUACAUAUACAUAUAUAUUUAUUUUUAUUUUUUUUUCUUCUUCUUCUUUUUCUUUGGUGAUGACUAUUAAUAUAGCUACCAAUAAGGAAACAACCUUAGAAAAUAAAAGGAAAAAGGCUUCUAGAGCUUGUUUUCAUUGUCAACGAGCGCAUUUGACAUGUGAUGAUUCCAGACCUUGUCAGAGAUGUAUAAAAAGAGACUUGGCAAAUACAUGUGCAGAUGCUGUUAGAAAGAGAGCAAAAUAUUUACAAGAUAUACUUGAAGAUGAAUUUUUUUCAAAUACAUCAUCUACCAGUAGUACACCUAUUCUGACUUUAGAUAAUGAUCGUCAAACAGUACAAACAAGCUCUCUUAAUAAUAACAAUGACUUAUCAUCAAUAGAUUCUCAACAACACUAUACUGUAAUGGAACCGAUUACAGCUUCUAUAGUUAACACCAACGAUAACAAUCUAUUAUUUGAUUUCUCACUUCCUAAUCUUGGAUUUGUUUCAGAGGCAAUAGAGUUAGAAUACGGAUUCUUAAGUAACAUGUUACAGAACCCAUUACUUACAGUAUCUCCAAAUAACAUAAUACCCACCACCACUGCCACUUCUUCUUCUUCUUCUUCUGCUGCUGCUACUUCUACUGCUACUGCUACUUCUACUUCUACUUCUACUGCUACUACUGCUACUAUGACUACUACACCUAUCAUUCAUCAUUAUUCAACUACUAACACUACUACUAUCAAAUCCCCUACCAGUAUUUAUGCAGAACCUUACACUACCUCCUUUUUAUUAUAUCAACAAAAUAAAUUAUCACCUACUACGAAUAGUAACGCAGUUAAGAAAGCAAGAAUUACAGGAAGACGAAAAGGAAUUGGAUAUACACCUAAAGAAGCUUAUCAAAAUGUGGAAAGUCCAUUUAAUUAUGCCGAAGGGUUUCAUUAUCUUAUUCAAUAUGUUAAAGAAAAGAUGAGUAAUGAUGAUUUAAUGAAGAUCAGUAGAGCACUCGCCUACUUUCGCCCCUCCUUUCUAGCAUUGAUUAUGAAUCUAACUGAAGAGGACUUAAUAUUCAUGGAAAAAUGUAUACAACGUACUUUAUUAGAAUAUGAAAAGCUCAUAAGCUUCUCGGGGACACCAACGGUAAUUUGGAGAAGAACAGGAGAGAUAUGUUUAGUUGGAAAAGAGUUUUCUUUAUUAACUCAAUGGACAAAGGACAUGUUGUUAGGAAAGAGAAUUUAUAUUUAUGAGUUAAUGGAUAGUCAAUCAGCAGUUGAAUAUUGGGAAAAAUUUGCUACACAUGCUUUUGACAAUGCAGAUAAAUCUUGUAUAUUCUCUUGUAUUGUCAAAACACCUCAGCAAACUUCUGUUCCUUGUACAUUUUGCUUUACCAUUAAACGUGAUAUAUUUGAUUUACCAAGUGUCAUUAUUGGCAAUUUCUUACCCAUACUGUGUUAAUUGUGCAUAUUAGACAAGUGUAAAAUAUAAAUAUGAACAAAUCUAUCUGUAUUUCUUUAUAUUUUAAUAUGAAAAGAAGCUUUACUUAUAUCUCCUAUUUUACAUUAUAUUAGGCCC